AUCAUCAUCCUCUUCCUCCUCCUCAUGGCUGCCUUUGUGUUGUGAUGCUGCUCUGCUAAAUGCUGCAUUGCUCCUCUCUGUAAAGGAUGCUGUGUUGCUGACAGGAGGAGAGGGCAUUGUUCUGUAGCAUCUGUCUGUCUGCACAUGAUGCUCUGCGAGGAGGAGUGUGCAUUACUGCUUAGCAUAUGAGUGUUCCUGCAGCAGCGGCUCAGAACCCAGACGACAGAGAGAUGCAAUCGGCUGCAGUGUCUCCCUCCUUCCUCCCCAGCCUGGGGGGCAAGAUCCCGGGCAGAAAGAGAGGCCGACCCCCCCUCCGGAACAACGCCAAGAUGGACUUCACAACAAGCCGCUACCCCGAGUCGCUGCCUCCACUCAAAGUGCCCAAAAAGAGGGGCAGAAAACCGGGAUUCAAGCUGAAACCCCGGAUGGUGAUGACCCCACUGGCCGUCUCCCCCCCCAGCAGCACCCCCGAGCCCGACAUGAGCUCCAUCCCCCAGGACGCUGCCACCGUGCCGCACUCUGCCACCCCCCAGGUGCUCACAGUCUGCAUCUACAUCAACAAGCAAGCCAACACGGGUCCUAACUUGGACCGGAAGAAGAUCCUCCAGCUGCCGGAUCACUUCGGGCCGGACCGACCCUCCGUGGUGCUCCAGCAGGCCGUGCAGGGCUGCAUCGACAGCGCCUUCCUGCAGAAAACCGUCUUCACGCUGCUCACCCAGGGCUACGGGGGAGAAAAGAUAUCAGCCACGUUUGACGGGAAGCAGCACCUGCUCAGCCUCCCGGUGGUGAACAGCAUCGACUACGUGCUGCGCUUCCUGAAGAAACUCUGCCGCUCUCUGCACUGCGAAAACCUGUUCAGCGAUCAGCCAAUCAGCACGGGCGCCUACGCCUCCGACGCUGAAACGGCCGAUGAUUACCAUCUCGAUCAGUCCGAUGGUAAACGGUACUCCAUGGAUCUCGGGGAUUUCGGCUCCAUCAGCUCUUCGUAUUCUCCAAAGUCUUCGUACGGGUUUCGAUCGUCGCAGCAGUUCUCCGGCGGCUCGAUGAGCGUCUGCCGGCCGGCGUCAAGCAGCCCGAACUCUUUCAUAGAGAGCAACCGCACAGGAGGUUAUAAUGCAUCUUCAGAACCACAGGAGUCCAAAGCCCCGCAGAAUAAAGACCCCUCCUCCUGGUCUGUGGACGAUGUGGUCUGGUUCAUCAGAGACGCAGACCCUCAGGCCCUCGGACCGCACGCUGACGUCUUCAGGAAACACGAGAUCGAUGGAAACGCCUUGUUGCUCCUGAAGAGCGAUAUGAUCAUGAAGUAUCUGGGUCUGAAGCUCGGCCCGGCGCUGAAGCUCUGUUUCCACAUCGACAAACUAAAGAACAACAAGUUCUGAAAACACAUUUAUCCUCGUCUGUAAAUCCACAUCUGAGAAGAGAAGAGGAUCAACGAAGACUUCCAGAGUUGUACAUUUCACUUUAGGACAGAUUUUUGAAUUAAGAAAACAUCAGAUGGUGGAAAAAUAAAUCCUGCACACGUUAAUGUAAUCGGUCAGGCUGGCGUCACGCUGUCCCGACAUCGACACCAGAUGGACACGAAUAUGGAAUUGUGAAUUUCGCACGAAGAUGGCCCCGAACUCGGUCAACAGCCGAAGCAAGUACGAUGCCUACAGAAGGCCACACGAUGGCACCCGAACCUCAUGUUGUUUCCAUAGCAACUACAACUUCCUGUCAACAGCGUAAACUCGCCUUCAAAAUAAAAGCAUCUAAAUAAAACAGGAAGUUAACCUAAAUUACAUUUGAGACAUACAACUGCAACGAAAGUAACAAAAACAAAGUGAUAUCCUUUUCAGUUUCACAGAACUCAAAUCGUACUAUGAUACGAUGGCUACACGACGGCAUCGCGAGGGCUUCACGUAGUCGUGUUGCCUUCCUAAGACAAUCGGGCAGCUUCUUGUUUCCUUCGUAUUGUCUUCGUGACGCGAAAAAUGCCCGAUGGCAUCGAUGAUCACACGAAGUAACGACGAAGAUGACACGAUUUGACAGGAUGCCCUCACGAUGGCCUCACGGAGGGCAAAAUGGACAAACGAAUUCAACACGAAAAUGAACCUUCGCAAGGUCUUUCUGCAAUUUGUUGGCAUGCCAAAGAUUUUGCCACCGCUCACGAAGUUGCUGCCGGAGCCUGAGAAACUCCACCGGCGGUCAUACGACGGCUUAGAUGCCUCACGAAUGGCCCGAUGUUGUUCCGAUCAGAGCCGAAUUUGAACGUUUCCUUUAUCGUUUAUCCAUCUGGUAUCAAUUUCGGGACAGGGGCUUUAAAGAAGGCACAUUCAGAUUCAUUAUAAAUAUAUAUAUAUAUUCAUCAUCCGACCGAUAACAGUGAACACUUUCCACAACUCAUUACUGAGAAACGGUGCAUUUAGAAAAUCAUUUUGACGCUAUUUCUUGACAUUAUUGUCCAACAAAGAGGGUAAGGUUCCCAUUUGAUUUGUCAUUAUUUUGUAUUAUAAUUUAUUUAAAAAUCACUCUAGCCAAAAGACAGUAGCUCUCUUAUUAGUAUAUAUAUUUAAAAAAUGAGAGCACAUAGAAAUAUUUAUGUUUUAAUAAGCCAAUUAUCUCCAUUGGCUCUUUAUGUAAACUUAUUUUGUAUUAUUUUCCAUCAGUGUCAAAACGCCGUUAAUAUCACACUGAGAAUCUGCCAUGUAAAUGAGUAUAAUAUAAUAUAUUCAUAAUAAUAUAUAGUAUUGCUUUUGUACGCCACUUUAGGUGUACAGUAUGCAUCCUUUUUUAAUUAAUUAACUUUGUAAUUGAAUGCUGCUGUAAAGAUGUCUCAUGUGAGCCUAGUGAGAACGAGCUGAGGGCUUUUAUUCAGAAAAUCACUACGAAUAUCAGGCUGGGUUGCACCGACAAGGAUUCAUUGAGAAAACACUUAAGGUCUCCUAUCAUCCUCCUCUUCAUCAAUACAUCACAGGUCUCAGAUAUAUCCAGAGCCUGUCUCUGAUUGGCUGAAACACCAAACGGAUCAUUGCAGCAUUACCCAUAAUCCCCUCUGUUUC